CUGCUGUGUCGAGGAAGAAGGAAGGCGACGAGAGGCCGAGGCAGCCCCAAAAUGAUCGGAUUUUAGCCCUUUUUACAUCUCCAGCGCCAUCUUUUCGAAGUAUUUACACCCUCAGGAUUGGCCAGAGGACUAGUGAUGUAUUAGUUUAUGAUGCGACGCAGUGGGCCUGGUGGGGGAGGGGGAGGAGGGGGUUUCAGCAAGCCUCCUCCAGCCCCCCUCACACAUGGAGGUAGCGGUCGGGUGCGGCUCCACACUCCUGAGGUCAAUGGAACUCAUGUGAAAGAUCGAUUUGGAUCUCCACGUGAAAGAUCUCCGAGCUUAGUGAGCAGCCUUCCUCUCUCGCCCUCACACCCAAGCAGCAGAGAGAAGUCACCAAAUCCUGCAUCACAAGAUCUGCAUGACUGCUCUAUGUGUCUCUCUGCCUACAUCCAGUCACUAAACACUGUCUGUGGCACAGCCUGCCGCUUAUCCCAGUGCUUGGCCCAAGUGUGCACAGAGGCGGGUUUUGUUGACCCUUACUCAGCACCAGGCAUGACAACGCAGCCUGUUAGGGAAGCUGCUGAUGCAUGGGAGGGAGUUGCUCGAGCUGUAGGUGUGGCCAGUGCAGCAGUCAAAACACAGAUGCUGGUUCUACUCCAGGAAGUGCAGUCACGGCAAGACAUGUCUGACACUAUCCGCCGGCAGGAGAUAAGUCGGGUUGCUCAGGCAAUGCUGUCUGCCUUCCUGGGUCUGCAGUACCAGUUCUCAGCUGUGGUCAUUGAGCGCUUCACUGCCAUCCUACAAGCCCUGCGGGAUGAUAGCCAGAGCUAUGGUUGCCAGAGCAUGUCAUCACAGGGCCUACCAUCUCAGGGAGUGCCCUCACAGGGGAUGUCAUCGCAGGCUCCUAUGGGGCUGCCCAUGGGGGGCAAAACUUGUCAGGGCCCAGUUCCUGGUCAGGUUGUGGAUCCACAGCAGCUGCCGGUGUCUAGUCAGUAUGUCCCGCAAGUGGCGGGCCAACCUUCUUGGCCGCCCUCUGGUCCACAACCACCUCCACCUCCUUCAUUGCCACCAGGUCUAAAGGGUGUCCAACCUGUACCACUGCUGGAGAGCCCAGGGAAGGAAGACAAGCCCCGCAGCCGCCACCCCUCAGGGGGUCACUCCCGCCACUCCCCUGCUGCCCCUGGCUGGUCCAACCCGGGCAGUGCAGUUGGCGUUCCUAACAAUACCAGUUAUAACUCAAACUCCAAUUAUGCCUCUAGUCUUAGUCUUAGCAUGAACAAUAGUAACACACUGUCACCUGGCUCGUGCUAUGGGCUCUUCUCACACAUGAAUGGGGGAGGCAGCGCAGGCUGGCACACCGACGCCAUUUCCCGUCGAUGGUCCAUGGGUGGGCCAAGCACAGAGGGCUGGGAGAGGAGCUCUAGCCUGGGGCCCUUUAGUCUGAUUGCUAACAGAAGGUGGUCAGUCCCAGAGGCAAGUGAGCAUGAUGUCAGUAACAUGAGUGAAGCGGACUCCAUGAAUGACUUUUAUGGCCUUCAGGGAGAUUGGAGUGGGACCAUUGGCUGUGGCUCCACAUCUUGGGGGUCUAGAGGGGUUCUCCAGUUACCAUCACGUGAUAGUAGUGUCACAAGAAGCCCCAGCCACAGUCGUUCUGUUACACCAGAUCCUGGGCGACAGGCAGCAUUCAUCAGCAAUGAAGAAUUACAGGAAGUGAUUGACCUGCUGUCUCUACCUCUCACUGCAGACACCAGCUUGAUCUCAAGCACAAAUGUUGGAAGUUUU